AUGUCGUCGGGUACUGUUAACUUCCCCGCCAUUCUUGUAACUACCCGAGAGUCGACUUUCCCGUAUGAGCAUUCGAUAGGUCGUCUGAGGGUUCGCCGCGGUUCAUUGCGGUGCUUACACACUAGGCUACCCUUCUCCGAAAGCUCCGCGGGACCACCUACCACUAGUCUUCGGCCGGAGGGGUUUAUUGCACAAAAACGCCGGGACGCAGGCUCCCGAAGAGGGAAGCCCAACGAAUGUCUCUGCCAAAGUUCAACCGGCAUUGACCGCAGAUUGCGAGAACGUGAGCUUCAUGCCUUCUAUAGAAUUUUUAGGUCAGUUCGUGCCACUAGAGAGUAUGGAGAUGGCUCCUUCCACCAGGUCCUAGACAUAAAUACUCCUGGGUCUCGCCCUUUUGGUCAUAUCGUUAUCAUCCGAAGAAAAGAAUACCCGAAGGCUCUUGCCUUGUGUAUAAAGCUUAUAAGGAUAGAACUUUGGGAGGAAAAGAGAAAGCGAGAGAAACCCCACCCCUCUCUUUCCAGAGGAUUCGCGGCAUGUCAAGCCGGUUCUUCGCUUUGGCUAAGAUUAUUCUGCCAAGCGAGUUUCGGCAAGUACAUUGACCCCACACAAAUCACGUUCACGAAAAAAAAACUACUUGCUAUAUUUAUAUACGCAAUUCAUUUCGCCUCACUCGACUCUAUAUCUAGCCAAAGGAUAGAUGCAGAAAUCAGCCUUAUUAAAGAAGAGAAGAUAAAUCUUAUAGAAAGUGGUUUCCAAGUAAUAGUAGAGAUUUCACUUUGCUUUCUCGUAUAG